UAACUAAUUUGAUGUCUCUUUUGCAGUUGAGAGCACUGUUGACUAUACCCUUGUCUCUCCUCUCACAAUGACCUGCUGGCUUAUGUCUGCUGAAUCUGCCCUUCAGAGACCACUGACUGAUUUUUAUGUUGCACAACACUGAUUUGUCUUAUCGAAAAUGUAAUUUAAUGCAUUCUUUCAGUUUCACCAAUAAUUACAAAGUCAAAUUGUCUUCAUGUAUCUUUAUCAGAACACUGUGGCUUAUCACAAAUGAAAAGAUUGUUGUGGUAACAAAGUCCUGGUAAAGUGCACCGAUUUGACCCUCAAUGUCAACAUUAAAGCUCACAAAACUGCAGGAAAAUCACUUUGUUGGAGUAGUGUUUUGUGUGUGGGGGUGUUUGUUAUUGCUGGCAAAAGAGGACAGAAAGUAGAGUUUGCUCUUUAAAUAUUAAAAAUAUUUACACAGCAGUGCUGUCCUUGUUUGAGUUCAAAAGGCAGUUUCAGCUGCCUUGGUUGCACUCUGGUAGGAGGCAUAAUGGAGAGAACUGUGGUGCAAAUCACUCUCUUUGGACUGCUGCUGUCUUUGGCCUCCACACUGCCAAACAAGGAUGACUGGGACAUCUACAGCUUUCACAUCAACUCCACAGUGACCAGUCGUUAUGCCACCACUGUCAUCACAAGCCGUGUAGCCAAUCGUGUAGACGAGUCAAAGGAAAUUGAAUUCCAUGUUCGGAUUCCCAAGAAUGCCUUCAUCAGUAAAUUUCGAAUGUUUAUCGAUGGCCAAGUUUAUGAUGGUGUUGUGAAAGCUAAGGAGCAAGCUCAGCAGCAGUACACUGAAGCUGUGUCCCGUGGUGAAAGUGCUGGACUUGUCAGUUCUGUAGGAAGGACUCUGGAGGAAUUUAAGACCUCAGUAACUGUGGCUGCUCACAAAAAGGUCACCUUUGAACUCACAUAUGAGGAAUUAAUGAAACGUACACAUGGCAAGUACGAGCUGCAAAUUCAUGCUCGACCCAUGCAGCCUGUCAGAGACUUCAAGGUGGAUGUGCACAUUCAAGAGGAAGCUGGCAUCCGUUUCAUCGAUGUGAAAGGAGGCCUGAGCACCAAAGCCCUCGCUAAUGCCAUCACUAAAACACACAUAAAUAAAGAGGCGUGGGUGUAUUUCUAUCCAACGGUUGACCAACAGAAGAUGUGUGACAGCUGUAGUGAUCAGGGUAUGAAUGGAGAUCUAGUUAUUGUUUAUGAUGUUAACAGGGACAAUGGACUCGGACACAUCAAGAAAUCUGACGGAUACUUUGUUCAUCACUUUGCUCCAUCUGAUCUUCCUCGAGUGCCAAAAAAUGUUGUCUUUGUUAUUGAUCAGAGUGGCUCAAUGCGUGGCAGAAAAAUUCUCCAGACUAGGACCGCAUUAAUCCACAUUUUGAAUGAUCUGGCAGAAGAUGAUCACUUUGGUCUGAUCACUUUUAAUGGCAACAUUUUUCACUGGAAGCGAGAACUCGUUCAGGCCAACAGAGAAAACCUGGAAAGUGCCAAAAACUUUGCAAGCAAUAUACAAGCUAGAGGAUCCACAGAUAUAAAUGAAGCAGUGUUGCAAGGAGCACGUAUGCUGAAUGAUUAUAGCAGAGAAGGUUCAGCAUCUAUUCUGAUACUUCUUACAGAUGGAGACCCAACCUCAGGGGUGACAAACCUGGAGAAUAUUCAGUCAAAUGUAAGACAGGCUAUUGCAGGCAAAUUCCCACUGUACUGUCUUGGUUUUGGUUUUGAUGUUGAUUUUAAGUUUCUUGAAAAAAUGUCGCUGCAAAAUAACGGUGUGGCACGCCGGAUAUAUGAAGACUCUGAUGCUGAUUUACAGCUGAAGGGUUUCUAUGAAGAGGUGGCCACACCUCUAUUAACAGAUGUGACAAUGAUCUAUGUGGGUGGGACCAAUCUAACCCAGACUAACUUCAGUCAGUAUUAUAAUGGUUCUGAGAUUGUGGUGGCCGGUGAGAUCACAGAUAAUAACAUUGAAACCUUCACCCCUCAAGUUGUGGCCAUUUCGAGUAAUAGAAGAAUAAUAUUCUCUAAUCCAAAUGAAACCGUGGAAUCCACUCAAACAGUGUCUGAUGACCGUAUCCAGAGGGUUUGGGCCUACCUCACAGUUAAACAGCUUCUUGACAAAGAGCUUCAGUUAUCUGGACCGGAGAAAGAGAAAGUAAAGAAGGAGGCUUUGGAGCUGUCACUGAAAUACAGUUUUGUGACUCCUCUCACAUCUAUGGUGGUCACAAAGCCUCCAGGAGAGAACACAGAUGUGCUUCAUAAACCAGAGGAAGGUGAAACACCACAGAGAUGGCAGCCCCCUGUAGAUCAGUCAUUUUCAAGACAAUAUUUGGCUCCUAGUAGUCGCCCGGGUGGCCGUUCAUCUGCAAAAAGUGUGCAACGUAAAGGAAGUUUCUUAAGAUCAGAUAUUCAUGGCAUACAAGCCCAUCAUCAUUUGGUCCAUCGAGUCACAGAUUUGAUGCACAAACAAUUCCCUGGAGGCUAUGGAGGAGCGAUGGGAUACAGUUCAUCAGGAAUUUCAAACACACGUACUCGUGGCGUACAAGUUGUUGUCCCUGAUGUCCGACCUGCUGUUGUUCAUCUUUCACGUGAUACUACCACUCUGGAAGCCACUGAUGCUCCUGUACUCCACAGGUUUUUGCUAAAAGCUGAGAAUCAGACUGUUCCACUAUGCUUUGACGUUAUUGGACCUGUCCGCCUUAAACUUCUUCACCAUCCCAGCAGGGAACUGUCUGUAAAUGGUGAGCUUGAUUCAGUUACAAAUGGAGGCUUCAGCAGAAUUUUCAUACACGUCAGUGACAGCCAACAUGUUGAGAUCAACACCAACUGGGUCACUGUACGAGAUGGACAGACAGUAACAAAUUACACUGGACAGGAUCACCUUACAGCUGGAAGUGUGACAGUGAUUGUGCGCAACAACGAAAUAGACGUUGCCACUGGAGACAUGCGAAUGGUCAUCAUAGUUCAUGAGAAGAAUGGCCAAAAAUUCUUUUGGCCAGUUUUAAGACAGCGUCUCUCGGACAACAAUGCUGAAGGACUUUUAGCUGUAGAGGCUGCAGUUUAUGAGGAGGUACAACAAGCUCCUGUUAGAAAACUAAAGAUUAAAAACCAGGAGGCAGACGUUACUGGGGAGAUGGUUGUUGACUACAGCUUUGCUUCUCCUGUCACAAUGAUCUGUUGGCUCAUGUCUGCUGACUCUGCCCUGCAGAGACCACUGUCCCAGUUUGUGAUUACACAGCUUUAACUGGCAAAUAUGUUGAUUUAUUUGACAAAUCUUUCAUUUAAAAGGAAAACAAGGCAAAAACAUAUAUUGUGGAAACUUUCUUUCCAUCUGUUUCCAACAUGUAGAAAUAACUGUAAUUGUGCUGGAUCUAGUGUCAGACAGCAUUACCAAUUAAAAAUAACAUAUAAAUAAAUCAGGAUUUAUGAUUACCACCAUCUGGCAUUAACAUAGCCUCCAAAAUGACACAAAUGCAUAGAGUUGACAAUAAUAGGCAUACUUCUACACCUUUAUUUUUUAAAUUUGUUGAAAAAUGUAAAUUUUAUAAGUUUAAACUACAGUAAUUAUAUUGUUAUAGCUAAAUGUCAAUCAGCUUUGCUGGCUGAUCUGGAAGAGAGUUGGAUUGUAGAAGGUUUGCUUAUCAAUAACAAUUUCAAAUAUUUCUGAAUCCUGGUUAAAUACCCCAACAUUGAGAGAGAAAACUUUUUAAAACAUUUCUUCUGUCUUGUCUUUUGCCUCAAACUGCAAAUGACAUGUAAUGAGGCUGACUUGAUUCAAGGAUCUCUGACAAAUAUAAUGCUGUUAUUUUUAUUGCAUAAUUUCACGAUUUCCUCAGAACAGUUUAUGGAAUGGAUAUCAAGCGAAUGAAUAAAGAAUCCAAACUAUUCUCCAA